UUGUCAACUGGCAAUAUUAUUCAACUGUCUACGAAGCGCUUGCUGACGUCCUUUCUCUCGAACAAAAACAAAAGGUUUUUCCACGACGAAAUCGUCUCGCAUAUUCCGUGCGCGGAGAAACAGCAGUGUGGAUCGUGAUGUGAGGGCUUGCGGCGACGAGCGCGCGCCUAUGUCUGAUUCACAGGCAAACGGCCCCGAGGCCAACGGCAUGUUAGAACAACGACGUCCGUUUUUCUAUCCUGACAGUAGCAGCGACACAGAAGAGUAUCGCAGGGACACGGAGGAGCGUCGCAAGCGUCUAUCGAAGCGGAACGGCCCGUGUAUCCGCGGCAGAAUGCCUCCCAAGAACCAGAGCCCUAGCGUACCCACGCCGUCUACUUCCACCCAGGAGCCUCCUCGCAACGGCCAGAAAAAUCAGCUGGUGGAUGACCGGAUCACUCUGGUGGUGGACAACACAAGAUUUGUCGUCGACCCCGCUCAGUUUACAGCACAUCCUAACACCAUGCUUGGAAGAAUGUUUAGUUCUGGUAUUGAAUUCACUCAUCCAAAUGAGCGAGGGGAAUAUGAAGUGGCAGAAGGCAUAUCAGCGACGGUAUUCCGAGCUAUCCUGGAGUACUACCGUGGUGGGACAAUCCGCUGCCCUCCCACUGUCUCUGUGCAGGAGUUAAGAGAGGCCUGUGACUACCUGCUGGUUCCCUUUGAUGCAAACACUGUGAGAUGUCAGAAUCUCCGCGGACUGCUGCACGAGCUGUCAAACGAGGGCGCGCGUCGUCAGUUCGAGUCGUUCCUGGAGCGGCUGAUCCUGCCGCUGAUGGUGGAGUCUGCGCAGCGCGGCGACCGCGAGUGCCACGUGGUGGUGCUGCUGGACGACGACGCCGUCGACUGGGACGAGCAGUACCCGCCUCAGAUGGGCGACGAGUACAGUCAGACCGUGCUCUCCACGCCGUUAUACCGCUUCUUCAAAUACAUCGAGAACAGAGAUGUGGCAAAGCAAGUGAUGAAGGAGCGCGGGCUGAAGAAGAUCCGCCUGGGAGUGGAGGGCUACCCCACGUACAAGGAGAAGGUGCGCAAGAGGCCCGGCGGCCGCGCGGAAGUCAUCUACAACUACGUGCAGCGCCCCUUCAUACAUAUGUCCUGGGAGAAGGAGGAAGCAAAAUCCAGGCACGUCGACUUCCAGUGCUUCAAGUCCAAGUCCGUCACCAACCUGGCGGAGGCUACCGCGGACCCGGUGAUAGAGCUGGAGCCCCUGAGGGCCCGCGAGGAGGAGGUGCCGGAGCAGGCGCCCGACGCGGCCGAGGACGAGGCCCAGUGACCGCUGGUCCGCUCCUCGCGAGCGCUCCUGAGGAUCCUGAUGGCCAUGUUUUGUUGGUACGCAGUUUAAAUUACAAUUUUGUAGCGUGGUCCGAUUCGGUUGAUUUUGUUGAUCAAAGGUGUUUUGAUAGUCGUCAAAUUGGGAGAUAACAUCUCAGUGUUUGUGAUAAAUCAGAAUUGGUAUCUGUCAUUAGACGGCCCUGUAUAUUUGUGGUCUUGUAUGCGCUGUUGUUAUAAGAUAUUGUGAAGGGACUUUCUCUAUAUGAAAAUGUUUCUGUAUACGCCAUUUGCUUUUAUAUAUUUGCACUUGGCUAAGUAAAUGUGAGUGAGUGAAAAAUAUAUGCAAUUUUAUAAAUUUUAUAAAGAAAUAUUACAAAAAUUUACUCGUAUCCAAGCAUUUUUAUGCACCAUUAGUGAAACAAAUAUUUAAUACGGCUUUUGUCGUAAAUUCUAAAAUUAUGGUAACUAUUUUAUAAAGGUAAAAGGUGUAAAGCUUCGUAGCUUUGUUACUGUUGCCCUUGGGAUGUCUUUUAUCUUUUUUUUUGCUGCCAAUUUUGA